GUGUCAUCCUUUUCCCCCUCAUGCAGGUGACGGAGCUGAACGAGCCCCUCUCCAAUGAAGAGCGGAACCUGCUGUCGGUCGCCUACAAGAACGUCGUUGGGGCCCGGCGCUCCUCUUGGCGCGUCAUUAGCAGCAUUGAGCAGAAGACCUCCGCCGACGGCAACGAGAAGAAGAUUGAGAUGGUGCGUGCUUACCGUGAGAAGAUCGAGAAAGAGUUGGAAGCAGUGUGCCAGGAUGUGCUCAGCCUCCUCGACAACUACCUGAUCAAGAACUGCAGCGAGACCCAGUACGAGAGCAAGGUCUUCUACCUGAAGAUGAAAGGGGACUACUACCGCUACCUGGCCGAGGUGGCCACCGGGGAGAAGAGAGCGACGGUGGUGGAGUCCUCCGAGAAGGCCUACAGCGAAGCUCACGAGAUCAGCAAGGAACACAUGCAGCCUACUCACCCCAUCCGGCUCGGCCUGGCGCUCAACUACUCCGUUUUCUACUACGAGAUCCAGAACGCCCCGGAGCAGGCGUGCCACCUGGCCAAGACGGCGUUCGACGACGCCAUCGCCGAGCUGGACACCCUCAACGAGGACUCCUACAAGGACUCAACCCUCAUCAUGCAGCUCCUCCGCGACAACCUAACGCUCUGGACAAGCGACCAGCAAGAUGACGACGGCGGCGAAGGCAACAACUAGACCCCCUCGGAUGGACUGGCAGCCGCACGCCGAUGCUACUACUGCAGUCUUUAUUUUUUUUCCCACCAGUUUUGGGGGGGAGGGGAUCAAGGGUGGGGGAGGGGGAAAAAGGAGGGGCGACCUUCCAGGGAGGCUCCCCCCAAACCUGUCUUUGGUUGCCUCUUUGACACUUUUGCCAAAACACCACUAGUGGAGAAAGUCAGGCUGGCUGGGUAUGUUAAAGGGAAUGGCAGCCGCACAGUGGCAUAUGGACUGUUCUGUAGACAAUUAAUACAAGGGGAGCUGUCUUUAAGUUAUCUCAAACCGCUAGGCAUACAUGAAGUUGAGGAUGACUAACUUGAACGGAAUGGCCCUCUUUUUCUUUUCUCCGUCGUUUGUUUGGUUCGUCGUCUUUCCUAUCUGUUAGAGAAGCAGUUCUGUGGUUCCAGUAAAGUUUCCAUCCAUCUCUUUUAACUAAAACGUCCCCCCCUUCGCUAGUUAAAAACGUCACACGCAUCUUGUGUGCGUCUCCUCUACCAGCCCUAAGUUUUGGGACACCCCUUAAUUUUAAAAAGAAAGAAAGCCCUUGACUCAAAACAACUAAAACUCUCUCAUCGGGAUACUUAAGAUAGCUUGCGGUGUUAACACUAAGCCACAGUUUACAGUAUUUCUACACGACAGCCAUAUAUUUGACACCAAGCCAUCGAGUGUAAAGUUGCGUUGCUUCUUUUUCGGCUUGCCAUUCUCCUUCGGGGUUGAGCUUACCUUUUCAUUUCCCGGAUGCCAUCUUGUUCCGACGCUUAGCCGUUUUCAUGGGUGCUUGGCAAGCGGCUGUAUAAAGUUCCAAGAAUCGACGGGGGGAAAAGAGAAGGAGAGGGGGAAGAAAAAAGAUUCACAUUUUAAAAUUGAGCAAAGGGGGACGAUGUUACAAAACAACGACAACGCGCUUGACAACCCAUUUCGGGUUUGUUCACCCCGUACUUUGUCCUCUCCGAGAAUACUUUGUAUUCUCCGAGACGAUUCUGAUUCUGGGGUUGGGGUUAAAAGCGUUGUAGUCCUUCCUCAGUGGAUUUUUGAUCAUGUGUAACCCUGUAGUAUAAGCGCAACAGUCUGGGUCAGUAAGAAGUCCCUGCGGGCGAGAGCUUGUUGCCAACGGCCUUCUUUCCAAAAAGAUAGGGCAAAAUUAAGCGCUCCAAAACCCGAAUCUCUUAAAGGCUCCUAUUUGCCAGGAAUCAUUACAAUCAGGUAAAUUUUCUAUCCCUUUUUGAGGGAAGUUGGGGAAGAAAGAAAACAUCUCGAUUUUUGGACAUUUCAACGCUGUUUCCCUCCUUAAAUUAUGUUUUGCCGCGUAGCUUUAGGGAACCGGGCUUUGAACGAGGCUCAUCACGCAGACACCGUUUCUCGUAUCCUCUUUUUGUCUGACGCACAGCGGUGGUCUUCGGCAUCUUUGUCACCUGCGGUCGCAAAGACUGUCGCAAGAGGGUUUCGUUUCGGGUUUUUUUGAACGGGUCGGUAGUGGCGAAAUGCUUGUAACACGGUGUCGGUGCAGAUGCUAUUUUUUAAACACACACACACAGUUUAAUCGUACUUUGUUGCAGCGCGACCGUUCGCAUUCCCCUUUGGGGAAGAAGCGCCGCGCGCGAUGUCCUCUGGCGCUCGGAUCCCGAGGAGUGAGGAUUUUGGAGUAACUGACCGAAACCUUGCGCACCGGAGGGACGCCUUUCCGCUUGCUCUUUUCAUUUGCAGCCACAUCAGCAAUUGCGUGUCUGUGUGUGUGUCCCUGGCUUUGGUUUGGAAGCGUGAUUUUACUGGAAUUACACAAAACAACAACAACCCUUCCUUGAUAUAUAUACAUACAUUAUAUAUAUAUAUAGAUAGAUAGAUAUAUUUUCCCCUAGCUUUUAGCUCUGGCUGCUUUAAGGCAAACUUUAUGCAGGGGGAAAAGACCGCACAAGAGGGCUAAAUUCGGAGGGCGGGGGAUUUUGGGGGGGACUUUGUGAGCAGCUUGAAUGGUUCCAAUCUUUCUCUUCUCUUCUCUCUCUUUCUUUUUUCCGUUAACAGAAAAUGCACUUGCCUAUGAUGAUAACUGUCUCUUUAUCUCUCUCUCUCUCUCUCUCUCUCUCUCUCUCCAGUGAAAUGAACUAACUGCUCCAUUACUCUAUCGAUACAACUAUUGUGCAUGCUGGUGUCGUAUUUCUAUCAAGUAGCUUGGACAUUUAUUAACUUAUACUGUAGAUGUUGCGUAUUCCUAUGACAGAUAAGUCUUUGACGAUUUUUUAACGAAGGUUUCUUUUUUUAAUUUAUUAUUUUCUUUCUCCUUUAUUGUUUUAUUUUUCGGGGGGGAGGAGGGUUUAGGGUUGAAAAAGGUUUGCUCUACCAAAUAGUUGAACGUAACGAAAACCGAUCUGUUUCUGGAUGUUGCUAUCUAUCGUGACGCGCGAUUUCUCUCCGGUUCCGUUCUCUAUUAAUUUUUUUUUAAUAAGAAUAAUAACGAUAUUAAAAAAUAAAAAAGGAAAGCAAAAGAAUAAAAAAACAACACCAGUGUUAGCUGAACCUUAAUGUCUGGUGUCCGUCGCGGUGAAAUUAUAACUAUUACAGUGUAGGAGACAAAUGGCGAUGUUCUUCUUCUUCGAAUGAGCCUUUUUGUUUGUGCUUUUCUGUCAUGUUCUGCGGUGAAACUCUCUUUCUUAAGGUCUAAAUCGGUGAUUAUGAUGAUUAUGAUUAUGAUAUUAUUAAUGAUUAUGAUUUCCUCCGACUCCGUGUUUCUGUAAGGGAUUAUUUCACACACGGACCAUUCUUAGCAGUUUUUCCUCAGUGAUGGAAUAUCAUGAAUGUGAGUCAUUAUGUAGCCGUCGUACAUUGAAGCAAAUAAACUUACAGAUCUGAUGUCAGCGCGA